AUGUCAAUUUGUGCUUUAUCAUCAUCAAGCAAUGAUAAUUGUUAUAUAGCAUAUCCAUCACCCGCUCCACCACCAUCUUCAUUAUUUUCCAGCCAUGGCUCACAACAACCAUCCCCAUCUGGUGAUGUCUUGAUUUUUGAUGCUGUACAACAACAAGUUGUCAACAUCGUCCAAGCACAUAAAAGCCCUGUUUCAUGUGUAUCUAUCAAUUCAGAAGCGACUUUGUUGGCAACUGCUAGUGACAAGGGUACUGUCAUUCGAGUAUUUUCCAUUCCAAAUGCACAAAAACUUCAUCAAUUUAGGCGUGGCUCAUACCCAGCCCGCAUACACUCCAUUUCGUUUAACAUUGUAAGCACAUUAUUGUGUGUGUCAAGUGAUACCGACACUGUACAUAUUUUCAAAUUAACUGGGAAUAAUGGAAAUCCUGUUGCUAAUGCAAAUUCAAGCAAUGGUGUUGCUAACGGAGCAGCCGUUACAACCGGUGCACGUCAUUCCGAGGCUAUGAAGCUUUUAUUGAUGGAAAGAAAAAGACUACUACAUGGUACUAUAAGACGUUCUUCGCUUCAUCUUGGACGUACUGUUGCUGGUAGUGUUGGUAAUUACCUUCCUGAUGCUCUUACUGAAAUGUGGGAACCUGCCAGAGAUUUUGCUUAUUUAAAAUUACCAAGUUCCGGUGUUCAAAGUGUAGUUGCGUUAAGCACUAAUGCACCACAGGUCAUGGUAGUUACUUCAGAUGGGUUUUUCUAUCAAUAUAAUAUAGAUCUUGAAAAUGGAGGUGAAUGCGUGUUACUUAAACAAUACAGUUUAUUGGAACAAGGUGAAGAUUGUACUGAAUCACAAAAUGUUACUAUCAAUCUUACAUGCCGCAUAUGUAGUGGACAUGGUCAUACUGCCAGGGAUUGCAUGGAAAGAAAUAACCCUGAAGCAUUACAACAAGCAAAACAAAGAGAUCAAAGGUUAGAUAAUGAAUAUUUGAAUUUGAUGGCUGAGUUAGGUGAAAACAUUGGAUCCAAAACUAAUGAAACAACUGGAAAAACUGGCCAUUACGGGCCUGCAACUACAAGUAAACCACCAUGGGUACAAUCUAACGCAACUAGUGGAACCACUACAACACAUUGGGCUUCAAAAUCUUCAACACCAACUUCAACUGGGGUCCACACAGGAUUAUCAUCUAUUCCUCCCUGGCAACAAACAGCAUCAACUACAAUUCCUCCUCCACCCGGCUUAAGUAAUGCACCACCACCACCAGCAUCGUCAUUAAAUAAUACACCGUGGAACACUGCUAAAACUACCAACACCACAUAUGCGGCAUGUAAGAUUGAUAGUAACAUUUUGUGA